ACAUAAAGAUAAUUACUUUGUAUGUAUAUCAAUUUAUAUUUACCUUCUCGUGAUUUCUACGUGACGCUCAUUUUUUUCUUGUUAUUUAUUUCUUUUUGACUAAUUACCCUAUUUGUUUUUGAGUGUGUAUUAUUUGUUUACGCUAAAUAUUGACAAAGCAACAGUAAAGAAAACAUUGUAACGGGUCUCCGUUACAUUUGCUCUCAAAACUCUAUUAUGCCUCAUGAUUUGAAAGGUUUGGGUGUAAGGAAAGCAAUUAUGGCUCCCUUGUCGCCGACGCCAUGUGCUGAAAUCAGUGAUGAUGAACUGGUUUCCAUCUCGGUUAGAGACCUGAACCGUCAGCUGAAGCUGAGAGGUUUGACGAGAGAUCAGAUUGUUAGAAUGAAGCAACGUCGUCGUACACUCAAGAAUCGUGGUUAUGCUGCCUCGUGUCGGAUCAAACGGAUAGAACAAAAAGAUGAACUGGAAACGGAGAAGAGUCAGGAAUGGCAUGACAUGGAAUCAAUGCAGGAAGAAAAUACAAGAAUACGAGAAGAAAUCGAGGCUCUGAGAAGUAAAUAUGACGCUUUGAAGAGAUUUGCACAUAUGAAGAAUAUACCACUGCCCUCGGAACUGGAGAUGUGGCCCUGAGAGCCGCAUGAUGUGUUGUACGCUGAAUAUGUAACAGAAUUAAAGUUUUGAUCUUACUCUCAAAGAUUCUUGAACUGUAUUAAUUUACUUUUAACAAUAAUUUUAAGUACAAAAGUAAUUAAUUAAAUAUUAAUUUAUAUA